CAUUCACUGUGCGCUCUCUGUUCGGAUGUGGAAGUGUAUUUCUGCGUCGCUCGUGAAAAAAUCGCUCGAAAAGCGGUUAGAAACCGCCGGAAACUAGCAAAAAAGUGCAGAAAUAGUUUCGUCAAUUCUAGUGGAAGAAAGCAGUUACAAAUGUGUUAGUCCUCAUCUACAAUUGACUCGAAGACAUUUUAAGCAGUUCGCCUACAAACAUGGAGCAGCAACUUGAUGAUGGUACAAAAAUACGGACCCGUUCCCGGUCGCAAACACCAGGUCUCAGCUUACGGGUUAGCGUUGAAAAAGAUAUAAAUGGAGAGCAGACCUCAAAAGCUGUCGAUAAGAAAGUUAAGAAGUCACCUGGUGUGACCACAAUUGAAGAGGAACUAAGUUCGCCUAAAAAAUCCACUUCAGAAUCGGUGACGGGAGCACGAACCGUCCGUCAAGUUCGUACGGUUACUUCCGAUUAUUCCUCCGAUGGACUGUCUCCGGAAAAAUCAGUUUCCAAGCAGCAAACAUCUGCUAACACAAGCAAUCUAAAGGAGAAAUCGAUUAUCAUCACAACCACUACCACUACGACCACAUCUUCCAGUACGGCCAAAACGAGCCCAGCUGCGAAAUCAUCCCCCGCCAAGAAAGAAGUGCGCCAGAACGAGAUUAAUCGAGUGCUGGAGGACACACAGACGGCCAUCUUGCGCACCAGCACCCCGAAGGCGUCAUCCAAAGUGCAGAAAAAAAUCACACUGACGCCGGAGGAAUUGAAAAGUCAUGCCGCCUAUCAAGAGUACAAAAAUGCCGGGGAGUAUUGGAACAAAUUUCCAAAAACCGACUACACAUACUCGGAACUGUCCCCACAUCGAAGAGAAAUCGUCCCAGGGGUGGUGGCCAUGCCUAACAUGUCCCGUCCUGGAUUGAACAAACAUGCCGAGCGGAUCAAUGUUAUGAUUCAGCGCGAACCCGCCAAAGAGGCGUACAUCCGUCAGCGUUAUGCUGCAUCAAAAUACUCUAGUGCAGGUGUGGCUGGUGGCAGUUUUGCCCGCGCAGAUCCGUACGAUUCUGGCGAGGAAGAUCUGUCGCAAAUUUCCAAAUCCCGCAGCUAUCGAGGCCGCCUUGGAAACUCAGUGUUGGCAACGGAUGAACACAGAUCGAUCGUGAGCCGAUUUUUCCUGUCAAUUGUGAACUUUUUCUACAGCAGUUCGCACGCUGUUUCCCGUGUGUUUAACCGAUCCGAGCAUAAUAUGUAUUACACAAGGAUAGAAGAUGAAAGAGGCUUCUUCGCCAAAGCGUAUUCGAUGUUUGCAUCGAUAACUACAAGCAUUUUCAAGAAAGUAUAUAUAUUGAUCUCUUCCGUCCUCUUCCUGGAUGCCUGGUUACUUCAAACGUCGGCCAGCGACGUGCAGCAGGGUCAUCGCAAGAGAAAGUUUUUGCUACUGCUGCUAGUUCUGCUGCCUUUCCUGUUGUUUGGCGCCUAUCUCCUAGCAGACGAGGAUCAGACCAUCGUCCUACCAGCUUCAAAACGCGCCACCAUAGCCCUGUCCUCUUUAUCGAACGUCCUGCCAUCACUAUCCGCCGAGGAUUUGGACUCGUUCAAAACCAAUCUCUUCCAGAAGCUGGAUUGGCGAGAAACUAGCUUCAGCUGGCGAACGCUUCUUCCUUCUUUUAGUUUUGAUUUUUGGAGAACGACUGACUCCGCCGGACCGCAGUACGAAAAACUCCGUUCCAAUCUUCAAAAAGCUCUCAGUCGAGAAGAGUACGAAAGUCUGAUGCAGCACAUCGAUAUCUACAUCGAACAGCUAAUGAAGGAGAAGUUCGAAAGCAAAGCAGCGCAAGAAGAGCAACAAUCGACUGCGAAACAACUCCAUCCGGAUGUGACUGUUCACCUCGCUAAAAUUGUCCAGCAAAAUUUGAAAGACUUCAGUUAUCAACCAAGUGCGGAAGACAUAGAACGAGUUUCCGAAAAGGUAAAAGCUGAAUUGUUGGUUAGUUAUCCAGAAGUAUUUAAUAAGCAGAGCAAGCAGGAAGCAGUUGGAAUUUCGAAAGAAACCCUGAUCGAGAUUCAGCGGUUGAUUAAACAGGAAAUCAGUAUCACAAAUAAUUUCAUUCUAAAUGAUGCGCAGCUGGAAGAAAUUCUCGUGAAGCUUUUAUCCUCAACCAACCUGAUAAAGCUGAUAGAUUCUAGAAUUCUUAAGCAGGCGAAGGAUCUCCCUCGAAAAUCUCCCGAAAGCGAGGCAGCAUUGGUGGAAAAUUUGAAGAACGAAAUCGCAGAAAUUAAAGCUCAUUUUGCGGAAAAAUUGGCUGCUAGCAGCUUAAUGCUGGAAGACAACCUCCAACUGCUACGGGAAAAUCAAGAUCGUAUAGCGGCACAAGUCAGCAGCUAUCAAAUAGAGAAUGAUGAAAAGUACGUCAAGCUUUUGGCUAGCAUCGACGAACGUUUGGCUGCUGCGCAGCAAGAACGAUUCGCCGGGUUGAAUGCCAUUAUCAAAAAGAACAUCGUCACUAUUCUGGGGAUGAAUGUACGUGAUGACGUAACCGAUGAGGAUCUAAAAACCUGGAUCAGCAAUUUGUUUGUGGCGAAAGACUAUCUGGAGAGUCGGCUGAAGGAAUAUCAAGCUGGGGUUAGUGACCUUAUACAGCAGGAAAUGGAACGAUCUGCAGCCGUACUGAUGAAGGAUAUUGGUGAAAAAAUACAAAAGGAGGUUCUUUCAUCGGUGCAGACAUUCAAGAGUGAGCUGAACAUCGAUGUCAAAGCGGGUCGCGUUUCGUCCGAUGGUGGUGGUGGUUUGUCGGAAGAUGGGGUACGAAGAAUCGUACGGGAUGCGCUUCGUAUCUACGAUGCCGAUAAAACGGGACUGGUAGAUUACGCCUUGGAGUCUGCUGGGGGGCAAAUUCUAUCUACACGGUGCACGGAAAACUACCACAGCCAGUCGGCGCAAAUUUCCAUUUUCGGAAUACCAUUGUGGUACCCGACCAACACGCCACGGACGGUCAUUUCGCCUACGAUGCAACCCGGACAGUGUUGGGCGUUUUCCGGGUUUCCAGGGUAUUUAGUCAUCCAGCUGAAUAGCGACGUAAUCGUGACUGGCUUCUCGCUGGAGCAUAUCUCCAAACUGCUUGCACCAAAUGGACAAAUUGAUUCCGCUCCGAAGAAUUUCUCCGUUUGGGGCCUCGCCAACGAGAACGAUCCCGAACCGAUCCUGUUGGGUAACUAUGUGUACGAGGAUAACGGUGCGGCACUUCAGUACUUCCCGGUGGAUCAGCCAGACCGGCCGGAACUACGGGGGCGAGCUUUCCGUAUAGUCGAGCUGCGAAUCGAAUCGAACCACGGCAAUGUGAACUACACUUGUCUGUAUCGGUUCCGGGUCCACGGCGAGAGGGUGUGAGGUGGGUUGUCCGUAACGACAUCCCAAGCUCUGGUGCGAGGAGUCAUUGUAAAUAGUGCGCAGGAAGUCGUUUUCUAUUUAUUCAUUUAGAGUUUAGGCUGAUUUUAGUAACCUUCUGUACGACGGUUUUUGAUUGUUUAAUUUUUUUAUCGAUGUUUAGUAAGGUAAGUUUGAGCCAAGAUAGAUGAUGGUGCAAUAGCUACCGUUUUAAGGGUGUUUCGUGCCUUGUUUCGAGAACAAGUAAGUAAAUACCAGUAAGUUUGCAACCAAAUCUAGCCUGCCUAUGUUUAAUGUUAGGAUUUUCGCAACGCAACGCAGUCUUUAGUAGCUUCGGUACCAUGUUGAAGAUUUUUAAAGAUUACCUUUUGUGUUCGUUUAUUUUGUGGCUUUCUCUACUUCUAUUCUAACUAUUAAAACCUAAAUGCUUUUUUUAGAUUUUUAUUAGUUUGUGUGAAUGGAAUUUUGCGUGUUCGGAUAGUGGUCAUGUAGAGCCGUUUUUGAGGGUUGUUUAAUGCUUGUUUGGUUUGGUGCCAAAACUUCAAACUCCAUUUUUGUCGUUUUACAUUGAUUUCAACAAAGCCAUUGUGCUUCAGUUGGUUUAGAUCAUAAUAUUUGGAGAUACCUAUUCGCAGUUCGUUGAAAAAUAUGAGCUUAGCUAAAGUUGACUAAUGCUAAACAAAAACUAAAUUGAGACAGAACUGAAUUGAACCCAAACUGGAACUUAGAUUAAACUGAAAAUGAAACAUCAUACUGAAACUGAACUUAAAUUGAAUUGAACCUUAUUAGAACUAAUCUGAAAAUGAAUUAAAACUGAACUGAAACUAAAUUGCAUCUGAACUGAAAUUCAACAGAAACUGGAAUAAAAUGGAACUUGAAGCUGAAUUGAAAUUGAAAUUAAAUGGACUGAUACUUAAUAGAAGAUCAACUAAAUUUAAAUUGAAACACGCUUGGAACCGAGUUGCACCUCAACUAAAACUUAUCCGAAUCUGAUUUGAAGUUAAACUAAGAUUGAGCGCAAACUGAAGUAAAAUUGAACUAAACCAACACUAGAAUUGUUGUCAUGAAAAAAAAGAAGAAUUGUUAAGACUCGAAAUCAUUUGUAACUGCACUGGAAAUUUACUGAUUCUUAGGGGUCAUCCACAAAAUUCUUACUAAGCCUCAUUAUGGGAGAUAGGGGGAGGGGGGUCGAAACUUCAGAAAAAGUCCUUAUGUAAUUUGUGGAUAACACCUUAGCUGAAACUAAAACUAAACAGGAACUAAACAGAAACGAGUUGAAUUGAUCUGAAACUGAACCGAAACUUCAAUAGAACUAAACUCAAACUGAAUUGAAACUGAUUUGUAACUAAAACAACAAAAACCAAACUGAAAUUGAAAUGAAACUGAGGUAAACUGUAUCGAAACCGGACUAAAAUUGAACUGAAUCUGAAAUAAAACUGAAUUAAAACUGAUCUGAAACUGAGCUAAAACUAAACCGACCUGAAAAUUAACUGAAACUCAAGUGAACCUGAGUUGAAACUUAACUGGACCAAACUGAAGCUGGAUUGAAAGUAAAUUGGAACCGAAUCGAAACUGAACUAAAACUGGACUGAAACCAAAAUAAAACUGAUUUGAAACCAAGACAGCGACAACUAAACCAAGACUAAAUUCAAACUAAAUUGAAACUGAACUGAAAUAAAACUGAAACUCAACUGAAACUAAACUGAAAUUGAAUUCAAGUCGAACUAAACUAAAACUGAACCGAAACUGAAUUAGAACUGUAAUGAAACUGAACAGAAACUGAAUUGAAACGGAACCGAAAUUGAACAAAAACUGAAGCAAAAUUGAAAGAAAACUGAACUGAAAAUAAACUGAAACUGAAAUAAAACAGAAUUGUAACUGAAAUUAAGUUUUCAGAUUUUGAUUUGAAGUUAAACUCGGAUUGAACGCAAACUGAAGUAAAAUUUAACUUAAAUGACACUAAAAUUGUUAUUCAAGUUAGGCUCCAAACUCGAAAUUAACUAGAACUGCACUGUAAAUUACCUGUAACUUAGCUGAAAGUAUAUCUCAACUGAAGUGAAACUAAACCGAUACUUAACAGAAACUGGCUCUAAGCUGAGAUUAAUGAACCGAAACUAAAUAGAACUGAACUGAAACUGAUUUGUGACUAAUAAACAAAAGUUAAACCAACAUUGAGCUGAAGUGAAUUGAAACCGAACUAAAACUGAACUGAAUCUAAAAAAAAACUGAAUUGACACUGAAUUGAGUUUGAACUCAAAUUGAACUGAAGUUUAAAUGAAACUAAACUAAAAUGACACUAAAUUGAAACCCGACUAAAACUUAACUGAAAUUCAAUUGAAACCUAGCUGAAACUUAACUGGAACUGAAUAAAAAUGAAAUUAACCUCAAUUAAACUGAAGGUGAAUUGAAACUAAACUGAAACUGAAUUAAAACUAAAUUAAAACUGGUCUGAAAUAUAACUUAACUGAAAUAGAAUUAAAACCGAACUUAAGCUAAACAGAAACUGAAUCGGAACGAAAUCGAAGUUGAACUGAAACUUGAAUAAAACUGAACUAAAACUGGACUGAAACUAAAAUAGAAGUGAUAUGAAACAGAAUUGUAACUGAACUAAAGCACAAUUGAAAAAACAACUUAAACUAAAAUUGAAUUGAAACUGCAACUGAUUUCAAACAAAAUUGAAACAUAACAUUAAACAUAAAACUCAACUGAAACCUAACUAAAACUUAACUGGAACUGAAUUAAAAAUGAACUGAAACUUAACUGAGACUUAAUUGAAGUUGAUUUUAAACCGACUCGAAACAUGGUAACUGAACUGAAAUUGAUUUGAAACUGACUUGAAACAACGUAAACUAAAAUAAAACUGAACUGAAAUUUAACUUAAACUGAACUCAGAUUGAUUUAAAAUUGAAACAGAGAAGCUCUAUCGAAAGUUAUUAGAAACCGGACUUAAACUGAAUUGAAAUUAAGUGAGACUGAUUUAAAACUGAAGUUACGGAAACUAAACUAAAACCUCAACUGAAACUGAAUUAAAACGCUGAAAUUGAAUUUAAACUGGAUUGAAACUGAACAGAAACUGAAUUGGAACAGAAAAUAAACUAGAUUAAAAUUGAACAGAAACUGAAACAAAACUGAACUAACAUUGGACUCAAACUAAACUGAAACUGAGCUGAAUCUUAACUGAAACUUAACUGAAACUGAGCUAAAAUUGAACUAAAACUGGACUGAAAAUGAGCAGAAACUAAAACGAAAUUGAACAGCAACUGAAAUAAAAUUGAACUAACAUUAGACUAGAACAAAACUGAAACUGCAAUAAAAAAGAAUUGGAACAGAACUGAAACUUAAAAAAGAAACUAAACUAAAAUUAAAUUGAAACUAAAAAUGAGUUGAAACGAAACUGAAACAUAACUGAAAUUCAGCUGAAACUUAACUAUAACUUAACUGAAACUGAAUCAUACUGAAACUUAACUGAAGUUGAUUCGAAAACGACUUGAAACAUGGUAAUAACUGAAACUGAUUUGAAACUAAUUUGAAACGAAUUUGAAACAACGGAAAAAAGCUAAAGCUGGAUUGAAAUUGAACUGAAACUGAACUAAGCUUGAUUUGAAAUUGGAAUGACACGGAUAGAAGCUGAACUGAAACUGAUUUGAAACUAAAUUUGAACCCAGCUGAAAUUGAACUAAAACUAAACAGACUAUUUUUAAAUUGACCUGACAACGGAAACUUUUUUGAAACUUGAUUUAAACUGAAUGAAAAUUCAACUAAAACGGAUUUGAAACUGAAACAACGGAAACUCAACUAAAACUGAACUUUAGUGAAUUGAAACUAAAAUGAAACUGAGCUAAAAUUGAAUUGAAACUGAGCUGUGACUUAACUGAAAUUCAGCUGAAAGUUAACUGAAAAUGAACUGAAUUCAAAUGUGCUGCAACUGAACUGAAACCGACUCAAAAAAAAAAACGGAAACUGGACUAAAACUGUAUUACCUAGUACUUGAAAUGAAACCGAACUGAAACAGAAUUGAAACUUAACUGAAACUUUGGUGAACUCAACUCAACUUAACUGAAACUAAAUUAAAACGGUACUGCAACUAAACUGAAACUUAACUAAAACGUAGUUGAAGCUGAUUUGAAACAACGGAAACUGAACUAAAACUGAAUUGAUGUUUUUUUUUCAAUUGGACUCAAAUUUCACUAACACUAAACUGAAAUUGAAUUGAAACUAAAUUGAACUCGUACUGGAACUCAACUGGAAGUUACCUUAGAGAAAAUUAAAAAAUUAGUUUUUACCACAAAAAAUUAACUUCAAACUCUUAUUGCUAGUCAAAUAUAGGCACAAUUGACACAAACUGUAUUGCAUAUUAGAGAUCAACCUGUUCUUUAACGAUACUGAAUAGUUUCAUCGUGCAAAUUUUCAGGUAUUACUGUAAAGUUUAAAUGCUAGGUGAGGUCCAUAUGGCAUCACCCGCCGGGAAUGGGUUAUUUCACGAAACUAAACCAAAACUGAACUGAAACUGAAUUGAAAUUCACAUGAAACUGAACUGAAACUUAAGUGAAACUGAAUUAAAACUGCACUGCAACUGAAUAGAAAUUCAACGGAAACAUAACUGGAGCUGAUUUGAAACCGACUUAAACAGAAACUAAACUUAACCCUCUAGUGCCCAAAUUAAUUUCUAGACGGGCUUUGGUAAAAUCACUAUGGAUCAUUGUAAACACUUUUUAAGUAUUUAUUCAAGCUUUUAGAAGGUUUGACUGAAGCCCGCCAAAAGGCGGUAUUGGGCACUAGAGGGUUAAACUGAACCGAAACUGAACUGAAGUUGAAUUGAUUUUGAUUCCGAUUUGAACUGAAACUGAAGCUGAACUUGAAUUAAAUUAUAAAUAAACUGCCCUGCCCAACGAACAACUUUGUUAGAUAAUAGCUCAUUAACAUGCUACAAAUCAACAAAAUAUUUUUUUAGUGAAGCUAAACUGAAACUACAUUGGAACUGAAUUGGAAUCGAUCUGAUACUGAACUAAAAAUUAAUCGAAACCUAAGUCAAACUGAGACUUAAACAAUGAGAGGUUGAAUUGAACUGAAACUGAAUAAAAUCUGAACCGAAACUGUAUUGAAGCUGAGCUAAAACUUAACAGAAACUGAUCAAGAAUGAAAACUGAAUUGAACUAAACUGGAACUUAAAUGGAAAUGGAUCUGAACUAAAACAACUGAAACUUGACUGAAGCUUGAAUGAUGUUGAACUAAAAUCGAAUUGAAACAAAAUUAAUACCGAACUGAAAUAGAACUGAAAAGCAAUCGAAACUUAACUGAAACUAAAUUAAAACAGUACUGCAACUGAACUGAAACUGAGCAGAAACUUAAUCUAAGUCGACUUCAACAACGAAAACUGGACUACAACUGAACUGAAACUGGAUUGAAACAACGGAAACUAAACUAAAGCUUAGCUGAGAUUGGACUAAAAUUGAACUGACUAAAACUGAAUUGAAAUUCACUUGAAACUUAAGUGAAACUGAAUUAAAACUACCCUGCAACUGAAUAGAAAUUCAACGGAAACUUAACUGGAGCUGAUUUGAAACCGACUAAAACAUAAACUAAACCUAAACUGAACCAAAACUGAACUGAUUUUGAUUCAGAUUUGGACUGAAAAUGAAUCUGAACUGAAAAGACAAAAAUUGAUGGAACAAAUUUGGUGGACAACAGCUUAUUAGGCUUUAGUUCAGUCGAAAUCCGCCCGAUGGUAGUCUAACAAGCUAAUAAUUAACAAAAAAGUUUGGUGGGCGAAGCUAAAUUGAAACUAAAUUAGAAUUGUAUUGAAACUUAGGUCAAACUGAGUGGUUGGGAAACCGCUCCUAUAUUCAUCUCAUCGCUCUUAUUUGUCGAAUUUACCGUCAAAUUUUACUAUUUUUCAAAGAUAAAAGUAAUUUAAAUUUUACCUGUCGAUUCGAUCGAAUUUGACGAUAAUUCGACAAAUAAGAGCGAUGAGAUGGAUAUAGGUGCAGAGAUAUCUAUAGGAGCGAUUCCCAUAUUAGAUUCAGAUAGGCAAAUCGCUCCUAUAUUCAUCUCAGUACCUAUAUUUAACAGAAACCGAAUUAACCCUCUAGUGCCCAAAUUAAUUUCUAAACGGACUUCGAAUAAAAUCAUUAUAAACCAUUAUUAACACUUUUUAAGUAUUUAUUAAAGCUUUUCGGAACUUCGACUGAAGCCCGCCAAAUGGCGGCCUUGGGCACUAGAGGGUUAAGGUGAAAAUUAACUUGAAGUUGAAAUUAGUUAAAAUUGAACUGAAUUGAGACUAACAGAAUGAAAAGUGAAAUUGAACUAAAACUGUACUUAAAUUAAACUAAAAUUCAACAGAAAUUGAUAAAAAAUGGAAAUUAAACUGAAGUUAAAGUUUCAGUUGAAAUAAAAAAAAAGUAAAACUGGACUAAAACAAUUAAAUCUAAAGUGAAACAAAUCCUUACCUGAAGUAAACUCAAUUGAAUCAGAAUUGAAACUGAGUUGCAUCUGAACCAAAACCUAACAAAAACUGAUUUCAAAUGGAAACUGAAAAAAAGUUGUAACUGAACUCAAAUUUUUUUUUCCUGAUGAAUCAGUUCAAUAUUUCAUAUUGUUCAAGUGCUUGAAGACUUUUUUGCACAAGUUACUGUUUUUUUUCCGUUUGGCUCAAUUUAGUAAAUUCACUAGAGCACUUUUGGAAUGAUAAGAACAUACUGGCAAGCUUUUACAAUCCUAGGACGUCACAUUUACAAUCCUAGGACAGAUUUUCUAAAUGAAAAGACCAACUGAUGCCUUGUUAGCUCGCAAGAAGUGACUUCUGAUUGAACAAAUAAACAUGAGCUGAUUAUAACAUGAUUUAUUCCUGGAAUCCCUUUAGGGCUUUUGUUUUUGAGUAAUUUUGACAAAAUAAUGUUUUGUUGAAAAAAGUUAAAAAAUAAACCAGAAAUUUAGUGGUGCUCCACGGUAUCAUCGCAGACUGUGAACUCAAACAUCAAUUCAGAAUAAAAUAUGACCGAUUUGUUCGAGUGAUUUUCAUGGAAAACGUGUACCGUGUGGCGUCCUAAUUCUGCGCACUUCGUACCAAUAUGUUGAUGCUGUUAAGUAAGAAAGGAAACAUAAGCAGAAAGUUAACAGUUAAUAUAUAGGAGAUCACUUCCAAACUUCAUUUUUGAAAAUCUGCUUUUAAUUGAUAUUUUUUUACAUUUCAAAACGAAGUGCGCAGAAUUAAGAACCGCGCAGAAUUAGGGCGCCUUACGGUAUUACGGUUUUUUUUCUAAAUAAAAUAUUUGAAAAAAAAAAAAAACGAAAUCAUCGAAAUAGUUUGAGUAUUAAAUAAGAAGUAAUUAUACAAUAUUAAAUUUGAACACUUUAACAGGACGUGAAUUUUUUAAUUUAUUUCCAAUUCCAUAAGUUGAGCGAUCAUAAAAAAUUGGACUUUAUUUUUCAAUUGCUGUUGCAAUUUUGAAUUUGAUCAGUUUGAGUUCUGUUGUGAAUUUUAACAUAUUCAGUUAAAGAUUACAUCAACUGGCAACUUUUAGCAAAUUUGAAAGUUGCGAUCUAUGUUUUUUUUUGUAGUUGUCAGAAAUUCCAUGAAAUUAAACUUAUUAUUUGCAAUUAAUUCUUUACUUAUUUUAGCUUUCGCUUUAGCAUUCUUUCUUUAUUUUUAAUAACCAAUAACAAUAAGAACUUAUUUUGUACUUCAACUAACCACAAUAGCCUAAAACCAGCAUCUGGUUUUCAAAACUGUUUUCUUUUGCUGCCUCUUUGUGGUAACUGAAGUUCACUCUAUAUCUUGCCGAAGUCCAUUUUUUUAACCGCGGCACUCACCAUCUUAUUUACCACAACCUCAUCUCUGCAAAGUUACUACAUAUUAAAAAAGAAUGCCUUAUCUACGAGAGUAAGAUUAGUUAUAAUUAGAAACUAAGAAAGUCGCACACUAAAACGACAGUUUAGAGCUGAUCUAAUUGACAGUUAACACUAGCACCUCCUAGACCGUAAGUAGAUUGAUCAGCUCUUUAGUCGGACUACUUACAGUAGGUACAUAGCAAAAAAUAACAGCACAAUUUACCACGAUCGAUCGUUUUGUAGGGCGUCGAUAUCUUUUUUUUAUAACCAAUUUAAGUUCCAAAGUCACUAGAUGUUAGAACUAAGUUAGUAGCUUAUAACUUACCAACAACGAGUCAAUUAUCCAAGUGUAAUGUUUUCAGUGUAAUAGUUUAGUUAACCCAAUACCGUAUAUUAUGUGUUCGUUUUCCGUUCGUUUCUAAUCACACUAAGGAAGAAGUACAAAUUUGUGGACUAAUUAUUUGUACCAGUUAAAAGGUAAACGCACCAGAAAUUCCAUUUUGCAGUAUAAUUUUUCUCGGACAUAAAUUGGAUGGAAAUUAGAAUUGUAAAAACGGGCGGCCUUAAAUGUAUGUGAGACAACCACUCCAUUGUUCAUUUGUUUUUUUUUUUUGUUUUACUCGGUCCACCUCACUGCAGCAGUGAGGUGAUUUAUUAAUAAAGCGCAAUUAUACCUACACUGUA